CGCUUGUUCCUUGUUUCUCUCUCUCUCUCUUCAAUUCUUUUUCUCUCUUCAACUCUCUCUCUAUCAUAGCUGCCACUUGUUCUGUAUUGAUUUUAGCAAAUGUGUCCAUAGCAACAGUAUGGAAUCAGUACAUUACAACACACAACAGUUGAUUGAGCCAUAAUAGAGAUGACUAGAUGGGGAUAUAUUUAGCCGAUUCCUUCUUUAAUAUCUUGCGUCAACAACCAGCUGUAAACACGGCAGCACAUUCAACGGUGGAUCGUUUCUUACAGAAGGCAGAGGAAGAAUAACGGCAACAUACUCAGUAAAAACAAAAGAAGGAUUAAAACACUGUUUACACCCAACAAAAUGAAGUAUGAUUUGCAUCUUCCACUGAAUUCCUUAUUUUAAAAUUAUUUUUUUAUUGAAUCCAACAACAUCUCUAUGUAGUCACUUAGAUUUAAAAUUUAACAGCCGUCACAUACCUGUUGAUAGAAAUAACAACUUGGAGGACCUGUAUUGAUUAGCCCUAAAAAAGUCUGAGCAUCAUGGAUGAUCCUAACAGUCAAAGCAAUACUGACCGCUGGGUGUGUCCUAAUGACCGGCAAUUAGCAUUACGUGCCAAAUUAGGAACUGGCUGGUCAUAUCAUACAAAUCGAUUCACUCAAUUUCGCAAGGAUGACCAACUUAGUGUUGAUGAACAGGAGCAGAUACUAAAUGUGAUCUCACGUGCUGAAUUCAUGGACAAUGUGGAACAGGAACGAAUUGGGCGUCUGGUAGAAAAAUUUGAUAACAUGAAGAAGAAUGCAAUGGGAAACGGUGACAAUCAAUGUAUUUUAUGUGGUGAUGAAUUUGGUUUGCUGGGAGCUUCUCCAACUUACUGUGAUGAUUGUAAGAAGGCUGUAUGCAUUAAAUGUGGUGUAGAUACCUUCAACAGCCAAAAGACACCAUUAUGGUUAUGUAAAUUAUGCAGUGAGAGCAGAGAGGUAUGGAAACGAUCUGGUGCUUGGUUUUUUAAAGGAAUUCCAAAAUAUACAGUUCCAAAACAUCACCAUGAAGGUGGCAAGUUUUCUUCAAAUGCAAGAAACCAACUAGAAACUUCAGCUCACCAGAAAGGUCGUUCUGGAUCAUUUCGCAGUUAUAAUACUUGGAGCAGAGGACGGCACAAUGGCAACAAGGAAGGUUUUGGAGGAGAAAGCAGUGGUCAAGAUGCCUCAAGCAGUUCUGAAGAUGAAGUGAGCAUUGGAAAACGCACAAAAGAAAGUGAUAACAUCAGCAUUGGAAGUUCACAGAGUAGCCGAGAUCAUCAAGGAGGAAAUGGUAAGGUGAUCAGUUCUAACACAAACGUUCAUGGAGGUCACUUAAAAAGCACUGACAACAAUCAAGAUUUCCAUAACGCAUCUGACAAUGAGAAAACUGGAACCACAGGUAUCAGAAAGGUAUCCCAGCUUCCUGAAGACAGGAAAGGAAGUACACCUGAGGGAGAUAUUGAUGUUGCAUUUGACCGUUACUCACAGCAAAUCACUGAUUUAGAAAAUGGUAAUAAUUCUUGUGAGAUGCUGGGUAUUCUAGAAUUUUCUCUACUCUAUGAUGCUGAUAAUAAUGCUCUGAACUGCACUGUGGUUAGAGGAAAGAACCUAAAAGCGAUGGAUAUGAAUGGAUUCUCUGAUCCAUAUGUUAAACUACAUCUACUUCCCGGUGCUUCCAAAGCUAACAAACUAAGGACAAAGACCAUUCAUAAAACUUUGAACCCUGAAUGGAAUGAAACUUUGACAUAUUAUGGAAUUACUGAAGAAGAUGUUGCCAAGAAAGCUGUAAGGCUGUCUGUACUUGAUGAGGACCCCAUUGGCUAUGAUUUCAUUGGAGAAUAUCGAAUAUCAUUAAGCCAGUUAAAAAGAAACCAAACUAAGCGCUUUUCUGUCUUGUUAGAAGAUCAUCAACCUCUUGAAAUUAGUGAUAAUCAGUCAGUUGAACGAGGAAAGAUUCUUCUGUCACUUUGCUACAAGCCAUCAGAACAACUUUUAUCGAUUGGAGUGGUGCGAUGUGCCAAUCUUGCAGCCAUGGAUUCCAACGGUUAUUCUGAUCCAUUUGUGAAAAUAUAUUUGAAACCUGAUCCAGGCAAGAAAUCAAAAUUUAAAACAGAAACUAAGAGAAAAACACUGAAUCCUGAAUAUAACGAAAUAUUUAAUUAUAAUAUCCGAUAUAAUGAACUCACACAUAAGACAUUGGAGAUAACUGUGUGGGACAAAGAUAUUGGCAAACCUAAUGAUUUCAUUGGAGGACUUGAAUUUGGAAGUCAAUCCAAAGGUGACAAAUUACAACACUGGUAUGAAAUGUUAAGAAAUCCUGACCAGAAAGUUGAAUACUGGCAUACUCUAACUCCAGAUUUUUGUCCAUGAAAGCAGAUUUUGCAUCUGGCAUGGCAUUGUUUACAAAGACUUCGAUGACUACAUUCCUAACUACCCCAAUAAGUCAGCUUUGGUCAAAGCACAAGUGUCCACUGCCUGAACAUCAAGACUAUUCCAGCCUCAGCAGCUUCUCUUUAUUAUUUACCAGUUCUACUAUAUUUUACUGAUUUUUCUUCUUUUUUUUUUACUUGAGCCAAGAGCAAGAUUUUUGGAUUCUCAUUGUGAUUGCCAUUAGUUUCAACCUUAUUUGAAAAUCCACUUUCAUUGAGAAGCUUGUAAAUUUGAAUUUCUUUCCUUCUUUAUUUGUGUAUUUCAUUAUUAUUACCAUUUUAUUUUAUUCCAUUUGGUUCAAUUAAAGCUAAUAUGAGCUUUCACUUACUCAGAAAAAAAAAAUUGAAAGAAAUGUGAGAACUUUUGGUUAUC